AUGGGUUGGCGUUUAACCGACUUAUUCUCCACGUCAGACUCCUCGUCAUCCGCCACGUCACGCUCUCAGCAAACCGCCAGCCACGUGUCCCCGUCUUCCUCCGCCGCCCACGUGCCAUCCACACCGUCAGCAAUCCCAUCAGCAGCAGCGCCUGCGGUUUCUGGAGGGGCGGUACCCGCACCGACAUCUCGAGCCGCGUCUGGAGCCGCAUCUCAACCUGCAGAGCAUAGAUAUGGCGUCGCGUUUGCUGGUAAUCCUCACAUGUCGCGCCUCGACGCCGCAGCCGCCGCCGCAGCCGCCGCUCCGCUCGCCACCGCGCCAGGCGCAACGCCAGCUGUGAUCGUUCUUGCGCCCCCGCAACGCCCCUCCUCUUCCGCCAUCUCCCCGCUUCCCCCGUCCGCCUUCGCGCCUUCCGCGCGCGGCGGCGGCGCCGCGGCCGUUCCGCCGCUAGCGCGCCCCGACUCUUCCCCCUUUGCCACUCCCCCCUCCGACGCUGCGGGGGACACGUUUUUUUCCCCCCGCGACUCGUUCUCUUCCGCCCAUGGUUUUUCCGCCCGGGAAUCUUCCUCUCCUUUAAGUCACCACUCGUUAGACUCCGCCCACCCGUCGAGUCGCGUUUCUAGUGGCCUCCGUGCCGGCCGGUCGCUGCCGUCCUUAGAUCCGUCGAUCCGGAAACCGCGGAGACCGCACGAUCUUCUCUUCUUGGCUCUCUUCUUAGCAUGUCUAGCCGGCACGGGAUACGCGUCGAUUCGGAUCGGUUGUGCGCAGUGGACGAUUUCGCCUCCGAGCAACACCAAGAGCAGCAGCAGCAGCAGCAGCAACAGCAGCAGCAGCAGCAGUAGCAGUAGCAGCAGCAGCAGCACGCCUGUUGAGCACUCUACAAAGGAGUUCUGGCCGGUUCUGAUGGUAGCAGCAGCGGUGGCGCUAGCAGCGGGGACGGUUCUGCUGCAGCUACUAUUUUUCUACACUAACAUGGCGAUUAAAGUGGUAGUACAUGUGCUGACGACGUAUAUAGCGGUAGUUAGCGUGUUCUGCUUCUGGGAUAAGGAGUACUUUUGGGGGAUUUUCUUUGCUAUUGGCGCUGUGCUGCAAUUCGUAUACGCCAUUGCGGUGGUGGAUAGCGUGUUCUGCUUCUGGGAUAAGGAGUACUUUUGGGGGAUCUUCUUUGCUAUAGGCGCCGUGCUGCAGUUCGUAUACGCCAUUGCGGUGGUGGAUAGCGUGUUUUGCUUCUGGGAUAAGAAGUACUUUUGGGGGAUCUUCUUUGCUAUAGGCGCCGUGCUGCAAUUCGUAUACGCCAUUGCGGUGGUGGAUAGAGCCUUGGGAUUCGCUAGGGGAUUCCCACUGCUCAUCCUCUUCGCCCACGUGGCAGCACUGCUGCUUGCCACGUGGAUGGGCGUGUGGACGUUCGGCGUGUCAGGGAUCAUGGCGCAGGACCAAGCAAAGCUGGAACGGUGGUGGAUUCUGCUGCUCUUCGCCAUGAGUAUCUUCUGGACGGCGGCGGUCGUCUGCAACAUGGUGCACGUGGUGACAGCUGGCGUGAUGUCAGCGUGGUUCGCCGCCAGCUCAGCGGAGCAGAACGCCAGCUCAGCGGCAGCGGGGGAAGGGGCUUCUGCAGCAGAGGAGGGGCGGGGGGGUGCUGCGGUGCCACCUCAGCAGUUCCAGCUGGCGCCGGGGCGUGUCACUCUGGAGGCCACGUGGCAUGCUCUGAUUGGCCUUGGGAGCAUCUGCUACGGGUCGCUUUUCAGCCCUCCGAUUCGAGUGAUCCGAUGGAUGAUCCGGGGUGUGCGGGCGUGGUGCAUAGCCAACGAGUGCUUCUUCUUCAUCAUCAACCUCGCUUUCAACUUCAUCGAAGCUCUCACGCGGGCGUUCAAUGCAUUCGGCUUCGUCACGCUGGCAAUGUACGGAAGAAGCUUCAAUCAGUCGUCCGUUGAAGCAUGGGAACUCUUUCAGUCCACGGGAGUCGAAGCAGUGAUAGCAUACGACCUCUCAGGCGCUGUGCUGCUCAUGGCCGUGAUGCUCUCAGCGAUGGUGGCCGGGACGGCAGCAGGCGUGUGGGGGUGGUUUGUGGCUCAAGAGUUGGUGGUGGUGGUUGGAGCGAUGGGAAUCGUCACAGGAGCGGCAAUGGCGGGUGUGGUGCUAUCGGUGGUGGAAGGAGCAGUAACAGCGACCUACGUGACAGCAGCAGAGGACCCCACUCUCAUUGGCUGCGUGGACGCUGAGUUUGCCGCCCAGUUACUCGACACGCUACACCAGCGGUUACAGCACCGCAGCGGGAAACCCCUACCCCCAAGCCUGGCAUCAGAUGGACUUGUUGGGGGGGUGCCCGCAACAUGA